AUGGAAAAAUAAUUCGAAAAAACAGGCCACAAUCCCGAAAAAUUCCAAGAAUAUAUAGAACUAGAAGAUCAAUCUGGAUUUUAUUUAGAAGAAAAUCCACAAAAAAUAUACUAUUAUAACAAAUAUGGUGGUUGGAAAGACGAAAUAGAUAAUAAAACAUAUUAUUAUACAAAAGACGGUUUACCACUAAUAGAUAAUAUACUAAGCGAUAUCGAUGAAUAAAUAAUAUAUAUAAACGAUUAAGAAAUAGCGUAAAUAGAAUAAAACGAUGAACUUUUGGAUGAAUUUGAAACUGAAAAAGAUGAUGAUGAAGAUCAAGAUCAAGAUUAAAAUGAUAAUGAUUUGGAUGAAAGAGAAAUGUUUGCUUUUUUUGCAAAUUAAAAUAUGAUUAAACUAUGGAAUCUUCUUUUUGAAAAAUAACUAUUAAAGUUUGUAGAAAAUAUUAUUUGA